AUGAAUGAUUUGUUAGGAGUGUUACUUAGGUUCAGACAGGGUCGUGUUGCUAUUGUAGGAGACAUCGAAGCGAUGUUCCACCAAGUUAGGAUGAUUGAGUCUGAUAGGGAUUUUUUACGUUUUCUUUGGUGGGAUGGAGGCGAUAUUCAGAAGCCUCCGAAUGAAUAUAGGAUGUGUGUGCAUCUUUUUGGUGCCACAUCAUCACCAUCUUGUGCAGGUAGAGCUUUAAGGCAGACUGCUGCUGACUAUGAGAAGAGUUUCACCGAUACUAUUAGUAGACGAGCCAUAGACAUUAUUAGGUCCAGCUUUUACGUUGACGACUGUUUAGCUUCUGUUGAGAACUCAGAGUCUGCCAUUAAGUUGGUUAGUAGGCUCAUGGAAAUUUUGGCUAAAGGCGGAUUUCGUCUUACUAAGUGGUUGAGUAAUGACAGGAAUGUCUUAGAUAGUAUUGCUGAAUCAGAACGAGCUGCUUCUGUGCCAGUGUCAUUAGACGAGUUGCCUACUGAAAGGACAUUAGGUGUGUCUUGGUGUGUAGAAGGGGAUCAUUUCACUUUCCAAACGUCCCUAAAGGGUAAGCCAGUCACUCGAAGAGGCUUGCUCUCAGUUACAAGCUCAAUUUAUGAUCCGUUGGGCUUUGCAGCUCCAUUAGUUUUAAUCGCCAGGUCUCUUUUGCAGCAGGUGUGUAAACGUGGAGCAGGAUGGGAUGAACCCUUGACAGAGGAGGAGUCUAGGCAAUGGAAUGAAUGGAUUAGUUAUGUGUCGAAUCUAUCUGAGGUUAGAGUUCCAAGAUGGCUUAGGCUAGAUGAAGCAGUCGAUGUGCAAUUACACAUUUUCUGCGAUGCUUCGGAACGUGGCUAUGCGGCCGUAGCAUAUCUUAGGACUACUCUCAAUGACGAAAUAUCUUGUCAAUAUGUCGUAGGUAAGGCUAGGGUGACACCCUUGAAGUCGAUAUCUAUUCCCCGGUUAGAGUUAAUGGCGGCUGUACUAGCUGUUACUCUUGACAACACUAUCAGACGUGAAUUAACGUAUCAGUUAGAUAGAACUACUUAUUGGAGCGACUCUACGAUAGUAUUGAGUUACAUCAGGAAUAAAGACAAAAGAUUUAAAACCUUUGUGGCCAACAGGAUAUCUAAAAUUCAUAGUGUUUCCCAGCCAGAUCAAUGGAGGCAUGUAGGGACAAAGGAAAACCCAGCAGAUGAGGGUUCAAGAGGAACGUACUCCAUGGGUAAGUGGCUAACAGGUCCUGACUUUUUGAUCAAAGAUCCAUCCCAUUGGCCUGUUUCAAGGUUUGAUGACCUAGAUUUGUCGAAAGAUCCAGAGGCCAAAAAGAAUUUAGUCCAAAAUGUAAUCCAAUCUCAUCAUGUACAGGUAAAUAAUAAUAACGGACAAGAUGAUCUCCUAGCAGACUUAGUGAGUAAAUGCUCACAGUGGACCAGGUUGGUAAGAGUGCUAGGCUGGAUUCUUAGAUUUAGAGACAACCUCAAGAACAAG